CUAUUUUUUAAUCCCAUGUUAUCUUCCACAACAGAAGGCGAAAAAGUAAAGGCGAUAAACGGCGUGAAGGAAGUGGAGCAGGAGACGGAGGUCAGACUGCAGAACGGGGACUCGGAGAAGCCACAGAUAAAUGGAGACGUGGCGAAGGAAGAAGAAACAGUGAGCGAAGUGGAACAGAAUGGGGACAGUAAAGUAAAUGAUCACAUGGAGGAGAUGGAGGAUGAUAAGGAAAAGAAAGAGGGGGACAGAGAAAAGGAGAAGAAAGUGGAGGAGGAGGAGGAGAAGAUGGAGGUAGAUAAGAAAGGGGAGGAGGAGGAGGAGGAGGAGGAGGUAAAGGCAAAGGGAAAGGCAAAGGAGGAGAAGAGAGAGGAAGGACAGACCAAAGAGGCUGAUGGAAAGAAAGAGGUGGAAGGGAGUGAAGGAAAGAAAGAGUCACACAAGGAAGACAAGAAAGAGGGUGGGGAGGGGCAGACGAAGAAGAGUGAGAAGGAGAGCAAGGAGGAGGAGGAGGAGGAGGCCAUGGAGGUGGACAGGGACAGUGAGGCGAGCAAAGACAAAGCCGAGGAAAAGCCGGCGGACAAGGACAAGAAAGAGAAGGAGGGAGAGCAGGAGGAGGAGGAGGAGGAGAAGAAGGAGAAGGAGAAGGAAAAAGAGAAGGGCGAGGGAAAGAGUGACGCGAGUGCGGACAAGAAGAAAGAACCCAGCAAAAGUGACAGCGGGGGUGGCGGUGGGGGUGGCGGGGGUGGCAGUAGCAGCAGCAGCAACAAGGAGAAUGCCAAAGAGGGGGCCGGCAAGAAGGACGGCAAGAGGGACAAGGGCUCGAAGGAGGUGGAGGAGGUGAAGGAGGAGCCCCUGGCCACGCGGCAACUGAGAGUCCGCAAGACCCCCAAGAAGUACACGGAGGACGACGACGACGUCAAGAUCACCGAGGAGGUGAUCAAGGACGACAGCAGCGACAUCGAGAUGAUCGAAGAGAGCGAUCCCCUCGCCAUCUCCGACGCCGAUGUCAAGAAGGCCCAACAGAAGGACAAGAAGGAGACUCUCCAUGGACGUGACAAUAAAGCCUCGCCUCCCUCCCUGCAGGUCAAGAAGGACCCCAACGUCAUCAUCAUCGACACCAACACCCUGCUGAAGAACCAGGGCAACCUCGCCGCCGCCGUGGCUCAGUCCACGAGCACGCCGGUGUCCACUGUGACCCAGACCUCCUCCCCCCACACCCCCACAGUGUCCAAUGUCAAUAUCCAGACGGCCAUUCAGGCCAUCACUGGGGGGGUGCCGGCACAGGGCCUACAGUCGGCCUACAUCACGGCUCUCCAGCAGGUGCUGUUGGCUCAGGGCGGGCAGGUCCCUAUGAACUCGCAGCAUCUGGCUCAGCUCCAGCAAUAUUACAACAGUUUAGGUCAUUUGCAGGACGACGCUUACGUGAUUGAGGCGCCUUCCUUUAUUGUGCCCUACGUCAUGGAGGGGAAGCCGAAGGAACCAAUCCAAAAAUUCCUCAAGAGGAUUAACAAAGAUCUGGAGGAGUUUGAGAGGAAGGAGAAAGAAGAGGAGGAGAAGAAGAAAGCAGAAGAGGAGAAGAAGAAACAGGAAGAGGAGAAGGCAGAGAAGGAGAAGCUGAAGGCGGAAGAGGGUGUGAAGGAGGAGGAAGGCGAACAAGAGAAGAAGGAAGGGGAAGAAAAGACCGAAGGAAGCGAGGAGGAAAAAGAGAACAAGGAGAGUGAUAAGGAUAAGGAGGAGAAGAUGGAAGUGGAUGAGAAAGAAGCCAAGAAAGAGAAUGGGGAAGUGAAGGAGAAGGAGAGUGAAAAGGACACAGAGGACAAGAAGCCAAAGGAGGAAGAAAAGGCAAAAGAUCAGACAAAAGAGGAGAAGGAGAAGGAAAAGGAAAAGGAGAAGAAGGAGAAGGAGGAGCCCGCCAAAGCAGAGGUGAAGGAAGAGAAAGCCAAAGAGGAGAAGGAGAACGCACAAAAGCACGACGAGAACAAGGAGAACAAGAGCAAGGAAGAGGAUGAGAAGGAGAAGGAAAAGGAGAAGGAGAAAGAGAAGGAGAAGGAGAAGGAGGAAGAUCUAAGCUAUCUGGGAAAGUGGGAGCCCUACUACCGCAGCUCCCUCGGCAAGUUCUUCCUGGACCUCGGCCUCAACCAGGCACAGGAAUUCCUCCAGUCGGACCUCCUCAGAAUGCAAAAGAAGAAGCUCGAGAAGAUGAAGACAUCUCCGUCCAAGGAAGGCAUUCUGUCCGUGAAGUUGUUGGAGAAGCAGCUGGGCAUCACCCGCGAGAAGAACGCGCACUUACACCUGCCGCUCAAGACCUGCAAGUUCUGCAACUUCAAGACGGAGAGUGAAAUGGUGAUGGACCGGCACUUGGAGUCUCCCCACAUGGUCAACUACACAUACAAGUGCAACUUCUGCGAUUUCGAGACCCGCGGACCUCAGGUAAUCUUGUUCCACAUGGAGGCGGAACACAACGUCAGGGGCCGCCUGGAGCGCGCCCCGGCCUUCUUCCAGUGCUCACUCUGCCCGUACGAGGACAACAACAAAUCCAAGAUGACGCGCCACUCCUUCUCGUGCAGCAAGAAGUACAAGCCCGAGAAGAACUGCGAGCUCAUAGACUGGGAACCUCCGGCCAAGAUUCCCAAGUCCUACAGGAUACUAACAACCCCCCAUGGACAGGUACACCGUGGGCGCCCCAACACGUUAGGCAAGGCCUUCGAGCCAGUCAAGAUGCCUAACCUCUUGCCCAAGGGCCUGUCAGGCAUGAACCUCAACCUCCAAACGGCCGUCGCCUCAAACAUCCUCACGUCAGCGUCAGCGGCGGCGGCAGCAGCUGCGGGACGGGGGCGAGGGCGACCCGUGGGCUCGUACAAAAACACAGGCCAGUCGCCCAACCAAGGGCGGGUCGGGACGGCAGGGAAUGCCGGGUCACUCCUAUAUCAGGCGCGAGGAGUGACGACGACAGCUGGCAACCUGGUACAGCAGGUGGCAGGAAACACACAACAAUUCACACUCGGCAACCAGAUGUUCCACCUUGUCAAUGGGCACCUGGUCCCCAUGUCUGGCGCCGCUUCCUCAGUCAGCAGUGUUUCCGUAUCUUCACAGUCGGCAGCGCGAGUCCCUCGAAUCUUACCGUCCUCUUCAACUUCGCCAGUCAGCCUCAUUCCUGGACUGGCCGCCUCCUCCUCCAUCACCAUACAGAGUGUACAAAGCAAAGCUGGGAACACGAAGUCUCCACAGCAGCCCAGCAUAUCCAUCACGCCCCUCCCACGGGCCGGGCAGCAGGCCCAGAGCGUGAGCAAGGGAGCCACCCCGACGCGCGACUCCAGCGGGAAACCGUCCUUUGUCAUAUGUGAGAUCUGUGAUGGUUAUAUUAAGGACCUGGAGCAGUUACGGAACCACAUGAACCUGAUCCACAAGGUGAAAAUCCACCCCAAGAUGAUCUACAACCGCCCCCCGCUCAACUGCCAGAAGUGCCAGCACCGAUUCUUCACCGAUCAGGGUUUGGAGCGGCAUCUUCUGGGAACCCAUGGGCUGGUCACGUCAUCCAUGCAGGAAGCCGCAAACAAGGGCAAGGAUGCAGGCCGGUGUCCCAUCUGCGGAAAGGUGUUCCAGUGGAAACUCCUCAACCACGUGAGCAGAGACCACAAGAUGACUCUCAAACCCGCACACCUGUCCUACAAGUGCACAGUGUGUACCGCGACGUUCAACAUGUACCGGCUGUUCGAGAAUCACGUGUACUCUGCCCACUCGGUCGUCAACAAAAAUAAGGGGGAGAGCGGCAAGAAACAGAGCAGUG